CGUCCUCGGUUCUUCGCUGUCGAGCUGCGUUGCUGGAAUGACAGAACGACGCGACGCAGGAGAAAAGGAGGAGCUCCCGGGAGUUAAUGAUUUGUCAGCGGUAAUAUUUGCGUCAUUAGUUCCCCUCCGGGCACUGGACACGCAGCCUGUCCGUGGACUGCUGAGACGUUGAGAUGGGAAAAGCACGGGCGGACCACCCGGCCGACAAGCCGCCGGUCACUUCCUGCCUGCUGAGCGCCGCCUUCUUCGGCGCCCUGGGCUCGUCCUUCCUGUACGGCUACAACCUGUCUGUCGUCAACGCACCGGCCCAGUACAUUAAGGAUUUCAACAACAGGACGUGGAUGGAGCGUUACGGGGAGCCUAUUGGAGCAGAGACGACCACCCUCCUCUGGUCCAUCACCGUGUCCAUAUUCGCCAUCGGGGGUCUCCUCGGAGCGCUCUCUGUCUCCUUAAUCAUCAAAUUACUUGGAAGAAAGGGAACCUUGCUGCUGAAUAACGUCUUCGCCCUGGCCGCUGCUCUGCUGCUCACCUUGGGGGAGAGGGCCAAGUCUUUUGAGAUGCUCAUCGUUGGCCGACUCAUAAUCGGUGUGGAUUCUGGUAUAGCUCUCAGCGCUCUGCCCAUGUACCUGGGGGAAAUAUCCCCCAAACAUAUCAGAGGCUUCAUUGGCCAGUUCAACUCCAUCCUCAUCUGCCUGGGAGUGUUCACAGGACAAGUGCUGGGGCUGCCUGAGCUGCUGGGCCAGGAGACCAGGUGGAACUACCUGUUUACCUUCCUGGCGCUGCCGGCGGCGUUGCAGAUGUGCGUGCUGCCCUUCCUUCCAGAGAGCCCUCGCUUCUUGCUGAUGGAGAGGAGGGACGAGGCAGGAGCAGAGAGAGCCUUCCAGAGGUUCCUGGGGAAGGAGGAUGUGUCCCAGGAGCUGGAGGAGGUCCACGCGGAGGCUCGGGCGCAGGAAAACCUCCACACGGUUUCCGUCCUACAGCUGCUGAGGAACCCAGCUGUUCGCUGGCAGCUCAUCACCGUCAUCAUCACCAUGGCCUGCUAUCAGCUCUGUGGCCUCAACGCUAUUUGGUACUACACUAAUGGGAUCCUUCGGGAAGCAGGUUUUCCUGAGAACAUUCUUCCCUACAUCACACUCAGCACGGGGAUUAUCGAGACUUUAGCUGCCAUUAUCUCGGGCCUGGUGAUAGAGCGAAUUGGAAGGAAACCCCUGCUUAUAUUUGGUUUCUCUGCCAUGGCCGUGUUCUUCAGUCUGCUCACACUGUGCCUCAAUUUGCAGGAGAGUGCAACAUGGAUGCCCUACCUUAGUUUUGUGUGUAUACUGGCGGUGAUCGCAUCCUUCUGCUCUGGGCCAGUGAUCCUGGCUCCUGUUUUUGAUCUAAAACGGAGCCCUUCAGUUUCCCAGCAUGCAAACAAGGCUCAAACAAGGAUCAAUGCCAGAUGAAAUUCUGCAACAAUAAAAGUUCCCACUUCAAGCGGACGUCGGAACCCAUCUUCUUUUUUAAUAAGCGCUGAUGUUUUGAUCUGCAGCGUCCUCGUCCUCUGUGAGGCAGCAUCAGCCGUUAGAUUUGCAGCUUCGCUUUCUGUGCUGCAGCACCUACAGUGUCUCACCUGCAGGACCUUCCGCCCACUGCAGUGAACUCCUGAAUGCACUGAAUGCUGAAAGCGUCAGUGCCGACACACAAACGUUACUAUGACACUCAGGGAAAAAGUCUUUUCAAUGAAACCUAAUGGAGGUACAGUAACUGCCCAUUCAGUGUUUGCAUGCAUGUGUCAGUGUCUGAUCUGAUAAUGAAUAAGGCUCAGUCACAGACAUUUAGAUCAAAGAGGAGGCAGAGAAAACACAAUUGUAGUAAGUUUUGAAAUUUGUAGAGAACUUCUGUACUGAGCAACAGCGUGAAUAAGAAUACAAGUGUCACAGUUACUGUAGGAACUGAUUCUGUAUUUACAAAGUAUACGCUCCAAACCAGGACCUGCUGAUGUGGGAACAUAACCGAUGCUAAUGAGUGUGAGACCCCUCAUUAGCUCUAAUGAGCCCUAACUACCUAUGAUUAGCUUCCUAGUUCAUUUCAAGGUUACUGUAUUCAGCAUUAGUACAGUUAGUACAGCAUAAACACAACAGCUCCUUCUUCCAGUCUGUUCUUAGUCGUACAGUCACCAAACAAGACGUUGCAGUUGAUACUGUACCUGCGCAGCUCUUCUGACUUUGCUGCAGAGUCCAUUUUCCUCCCAGUCCUCUCAUCUCGGUGCUGCUCAGACACUAUCAUUAUAUUACUAUAAUUACUAUUAUAAAAUUCCACAACCCAAGCCUUAAUUAACAAAUGUCAAUUUAUUUAUGGAUCAUGAUUUGCAGUUCUCAUGAUAGAAUUCUCGCCAACUUUUUUCCCGCAAGCCAAGGGAGCAUGUUCAGCAUGUGCAUCAUCAUUCUGACUUUCUAUAAAAUGAGUUUUUUUCAAAUCAGAGCCUUUGGGCUAUUUUAUUGAUUCUACUUUGCCCACACAAUAUGUGCACAUCAUUCAAUAUCAAAAAGAAUGGAGUCAAACUUUUUCAAACUGUCCUUUAAAUUACUUUUCUUUUUGGGACCACGAUUAACAUAUACUUCAAUAGCAAACAAAUAAGUCCACCUGGCGUUUUGAAUUUUAUUUUGUGAUAAAAUGCAAAUGAUAUUCUUUUGUACACUGUGGUGAGAAGCUGCCUGGUUGAAUAUGGAAAAGCAAUUGAGGCAGUCACUAUAGAUACACAUUGUUCAAGGAUAAGAGCACAAUAAUUGUUCCCUAACAAAUUACACUCAGCCCUUUAUUGUCCUAAUUUGUGACAAUAAGAGAUAAUUGGUCUACAUUGUGCCUAUUAUGGGAUGCAAAUGCUUUCCUGACUUUGUGUUUUUUCAGCCCUCUUAUUUUUCUAAAUAACCUGUGCAGUAAUAUUAAAACCUUUACCCGUUCUGUCGGUUAAAUGGUUGUGAUUUACAUAUUUUCCACCAUCAGGUUGACAUUUAAGUAAAGGAUUCAGUAUCUGGUCACCUAAGUGUGAUAAGGUCACUUGUACAGUACAAAUAACAUUACAUGUUUACGGUUUUGCUUAUUACACAUGUCAGGGAGUCAUUUGAGCCAGAAACUGGUCCAGAAGACUGAUUAGCUCUCACAUACACAUCUUACAUACAUUAUACUGUACAUGCAGGACAACAAGUGAAAUAGUACAAAACACUGCAAACUAUUAACACUAAUAAAAUAACACGAGAGAAACUUUUGAUCCCAGACACACAUACGUGGACAUUUUCCUGUUCCUGAAACUUUUAAAUAUGCUCUUAUUAUUGGUUCUGACAGAAGCAGGUAAGGAAGUCGUAGCUCUUUUGUUGUAAAACCUUUCUCUUGUAAUAAACGUUUUCGAUUACUGCCAGUUGUAAAAUGGAAAAGUAGGUGAUAAAUCUGAAUUACGACACUUACAUAAAAGCUGUUUAAAAAGUGUUUUUUCUGCUAUUUUGCAUGCACAUGCAUUUAGAACAUAAUCUAUCAUAUGCUGCACAGAUGCACUGCACAUCACAGUUUCAGCUUUUAAACAAGUGAAUCUUUGCUCAGACGCUCUAGAUUUUUGCCGUUUUUGUGCUCAGGGCAUAGACGGGCAGGCGCUAUGGUCUCCUCAUUACUGC